AUGGCCGGGGUUGCGGUGGGAUGGAUGCCGGGCUCGGAGGAGGGAGUCCCCGGUCCGCGGGUGAUGCUGAGCCGGCGCAAGAGCAAAGCGAGGCGCAGAAAGAGGAAGGAGUUGUUCGCGGUCCAGAUGUGUUUCGUCGGCGUUCUGCUGGGCUUUGUCUUAGGGGUCCAGUCCCUGGCUCGGAAAGCAGGUUACGACGUGUCCAGCUCCUUGGCAGUGGAGAAGGACGAGGCGGCAUGGGAGAGCCGCCGCCUCCUACAAGACACCUACGACGAGUUGGACCUCCUCUCCGAACCCGAGUCCAAAAACUGCACCGAGCCAGCCAUCCACGAGUUCCCCAGAGACUACUUCACCAACCAGGAGCGCGUCGAGGGAGCGGUGGGUCUGCACGUGUUCUGUGCGGUCUACAUGUUCUACGCUCUGGCUUUGGUUUGUGAUGACUACUUUGUUCCGUCUCUGGAGAAGAUUUGUGAGCGUCUUCAGCUCAGUGAGGAUGUGGCGGGUGCGACCUUCAUGGCCGCCGGUAGUUCGGCUCCUGAGCUGUUCACCUCUGUCAUUGGAGUCUUCAUCACUAAAGGUGAUGUGGGCGUUGGAACCAUCGUUGGCUCUGCUGUCUUCAACAUCCUCUGCAUCAUCGGAGUGUGUGGAAUAUUCUCUGGACAGGCGGUGCGUCUCUCCUGCUGGCCUCUGCUCAGAGACUCGGUCUAUUACACCCUGUCCAUCUCUGCAUUAAUAGUGUUCAUAUAUGAUGAAAAGGUGGUGUGGUGGGAAGCUCUCACGUUGAUUGUGAUGUAUUUCAUCUACAUUCUGAUCAUGAAGAUGAACUCCCACAUUGUUCGCUUUCUGGAAAGGCGGAAGAAGAACUCGUCCAGCUUGAGGAACGGGACGGCCAGUAAUGCUGAGCUGGACGAGGGCUGUGAUGCCACCGCUGUUCUCCUGAAGAAAGCCAACCACCACAGGAAGCAGUCUGUGUUGAUGGUGGAUGAGUUGCUGUCUGCGUAUCCACACCAGCUGUCUUUCUCCGAGGCCGGUAUGAGGAUCAUGAUCACCAGCCACUUUUCUCCAAGGACUCGCCUCACCAUGGCCUCUCGGAUGCUCAUCACUGAGAGACAACGUCUAAUCAACAGUCGGACAUUCACCAACGGCGACUCUGACGUCCAGUUGAAAGGAGGAAGUAGGCGGAACAUAGAGAACGGUCUGGGUGGAGCUGAGCGGGGGGUCAACGGACGGCGGGACUACCGGGAAGCCGGUAAUGAGACGGAGAAUGAGGACAAUGAGAACAACGAGAAUGAUGAGGAGGAAGAAGAGGGGGAUGAUGGAGAAGGGCCCUUCGUACCUUUCCAGUGUCCAGCGGGAGUGUGUAACAAACUGAAGUGGCUGCUGGCCUGGCCGCUCUGCCUGCUGCUGUACUUCAGCGUGCCCAACGUGUCGACACCUCGCUGGGAGUCCUGCUUCAUGCUCUCCUUCAUCUUGUCCACGCUGUGGAUCGCUGCCUUCUCCUACAUCAUGGUCUGGAUGGUGACUGUAAUCGGCUUCACGCUCGGCAUCCCAGACGUCAUCAUGGGCAUCACCUUCUUGGCAGCUGGCACCAGUGUUCCUGACUGCAUGGCCAGCCUCAUAGUGGCACGGCAAGGAAUGGGAGACAUGGCUGUGUCAAACUCUAUCGGCAGCAACGUCUUUGACAUCUUGGUGGGACUCGGUCUUCCCUGGGCCCUGAACACUCUAGCUAUCAACUACGGCUCCUCUAUCAAACUGAACAGCAGAGGUCUGAUCUUCUCUGUGGGCCUCCUGUUAGCAUCUGUCUUUAUGACGGUGACGGGCGUGCACCUUAACAAGUGGACAUUAGACAAGCGUCUUGGUCUCACGUGUUUGCUUCUGUACGCCGUGUUCCUGUGUUUCUCCUGCCUCAUCGAGUACAACAUCUUCACCUUCGUCAACCUGCCAACCUGCCGAGACUGA